GUGCCGUCUAGUAAGGCGCAAGCGCUUUCCUGCGAACGUAACGAUAAUCUUUGACCGUGGAAACCAUUUCGUGAUAGCUGAAGCUUUCGAAAAGCGGUUUUCGGAAAAAUAGCAGUUUUAUAUUGUUAUUGUGUGUGAAUCUUUUUGAUUGAUUGUAGUAUUGCUUGUGUUCGACAAUAUUUCGCGCCUUCAAUUGUCCUGCGAAUUUUAAGUUGCAAGAUUAUUGGUUUUUUAUACCAUCUGCUGCGACGGAGGAACAUUCUAAACAUUCCCAACCUCAGGAAAAUGGAAUAAUAGCCGCAGCAUUAGUUGAAAGAUCCAGCUUACAUCAGAGCCAUACAAGGCUGACUGUUUUCUUUGUACAGUGGAAAUCAAUGCUUCAAGCUGUUCGGGGACGUGGAACGUGUACUCAAACCCUUCGAGUUGUCAAAUAGACUCUCGCGAGUAUUCCCCGGAUCGACAUUAGCCACCUUCCAAGCCUCCGCCGCGGGCUCCACCACCGGGGUGGCCUGGUGGUCCAUGAUGAACGGAGGCUUGUAUGAAGAAAGUCCCCCGCCGGUUCCUCAGAGUGCCGCUACUCCGAGUGGUACCAGCGGGAUGACCAGCCCUCCGGCUGUUGCACCUCCUGCGGCCACAACCUCGGCCACAUCUAGCUCUUCUCCAGCCAGCGUUACCAGCAACAGCGGAUCGGUCGGUCCGCUGCACAUUCCCGCCAAAAGACUGACCUCAGGUGGUUAUGGAGAUUGUACGGACGGCAGCGUGAUCAGACAUGGUCAGAACCAUUGGUCGUCAUAUUCUCCAUCCGAAAACCAUACGGCUUUCGAGUCCACGUUGAAUCACCAGUACAGCAAUCCAACCUACUACAAUUUACCUGCCGACCCUAAUGGGAGUCGAGAUCAUAAACCGCCCCUUCCGUUUUGGUCUCCUGCAGCAACUGCAUCUUCAACGCCGCCUGAUUAUAAGUACAGGGGAGGUGUAGGUGCAGAUCCUUCCGUAUCAUCUUCUUGUCAUCAGUCUUUUGGAAGCAAUUCUUGGUGCAAUGUAUACAAUUCUCCGUACCCUGCAGCCAGUCGUCACCAUGUGGAUGGGCCCUAUCUGACACCGGCUGAUGACCGGGGAAGGGUUCCUACCCUCGACACCGGCUUUUCACAUCACGACAGGGGGUACGGUCUCGGAAACUACGGUGCUCCUGAGUCAAUGCCAUCCACUCCCUACCCACCACCUGGUUCCUUGGGUACAAUGGGAGUGAGCGUUGCUUGUGGAGGUGGCGGCAACUCUCUAGAAUGGACGGGACAAGUCACUGCUCGGAAAAAGCGUAAGCCAUAUUCAAAGUACCAAACCUUGGAGCUGGAAAAAGAGUUUCUUUUCAAUGCCUACGUUUCGAAACAAAAAAGGUGGGAAUUGGCACGAAAUUUAAAUCUCACAGAAAGACAAGUUAAAAUUUGGUUUCAAAACCGACGAAUGAAGAACAAGAAAAACACCCAACGUCAGGCGUCCCAACAACAAAAUAAUAAUAAUACGGCAACGAAUAACCAAAACCAUCAUCACCAUCCAGCCCAUUUGCCGCACCACGUGGUUAAUCACCACGUUUCGGCCAACGGCGCUUUAAAACAUCAUCAGUGACCUAUGGGGUUUUCGGGGGUUGUGUUGGGCAAUUCACAUGGAUUGACUAGUUAAACACCCUUUAUUGUCAUCGUGUGAGUUGGAAUAGACUAGGAGGGUGUUUCAUUGCAAAUGCUUACAAUCCUCGAAACUUUGAAAAUAAUUUUAAGUUCUUUGCAGUGCCAAAGAAUACUUACAUUCUCCGCUGUUAUUAGGAUUUUCGUUCAGUAUAUGUUCUGUCUGUUCGUACUUUUUUGGAAAUUAUUUAUUUGCUGUUUCACAUGGUUUCUCUGCUGAACGGUGACGUAAGUUUUACCGUCCAAUAUAAAAUAUUUAGGUACUUUCUUCUAGGUAAGCUAUUUGAUAACAAUGUUAAACACAUUUCUCUAUUUGUUUGUUUUUUCUAUUACCACUUUCAAAGGCUUAAAUUUUUUGUGAAUUAUUCCUUUUCUCGAGCAGGAUUGAAAUAUUAAUUAUUCAAUCUUGGUAUAGCGAAACCACAUUACCUUCAGUUGUUUUACAUAAAUGGGUGUUUAAUGGCUGUUAAAUUGAUAAUGUCUACCGUUUAUAAUUACAGGUAAAUAAAUCAAAUAAGUGGACAUUUACACCCAACAAACAUUUAUAUUUUCCAAUUACCGAUAGUUAUGCAGAGCUGAAUAUCCUUGUCUAACUUGACUAAUUAUGAAUGUAAUUUUUUAUGGGUUUCUCAUUUGCUGGUCUAUACAUUUUUUGCAUUUUAACCUAUUUGCCAGUUUAUCUAUUGCCAACUAAGUUGCUUUCUCAAUGUUCAGUUCCGUAUGUGCAAUAAAAAGGUGUGUGAAACCACACCAAAUUCAAAGGACCAAUAAAAUCAGAAAAAAAUCGUCUAAUUCAAGUAAGCUUUCCAAAAAAGUAUGAGGGCAGAGAAACAUUUUGGCAGGGCUUGUGCAAAUAGUAUAGUUGGUGCAGAGCACAAAAUUUUCCAGUUUACAUUAACGUAUUUUCAUAGGCUUUAGAUAGUUUAUUCAUUAUGAAUGAAUGCGAAUUUCAAAACAAACUUAUAUUAAGUUUUAUGAUAUUCUUUACUUAUUAUUUAACUGUUGAUUUUAAGGCGCGUUGGUAGUAUUUUGAUUGGAUUUUGAUAAAUAUCAUAAUAAAACAAUCUAAGCAAACAAUUAAGGUGCUUCAUAGUGAUUCCCCUGAAAACAACGACAAUACUGUUAAAUUGUUUUAAAUUCUCGUGCAAUUUUUUUGUACUUACUUUUUUCUAUCGUGCUCUCUGAUUUUAUUAUCUUAUGGUGAUUAUUUAAUUGGGUUUUCAUGGAUCUGGGGAAAAAGUGAAAUUGGAACUUAUCGCUUUCACCACCCAUACAAUUCAGUAGUUAAACGGGAAACUACUCAACUUAAAUUAAAUCGAGAAUCAGCUCUGAGCUUCAGUACUUGCAGUUAAAAAAAUUAAAGCUUGAUCGAAUUAUUAAAUAGAUUAUUUCCCCUUAUCAAAUCGAAUUCAAAUCUAGGAAGGAAGUGUUGAUGAAAAUGUAUAGCUAAAAUGUAUUCAGAUUCUAAUCUUUUGGUUUCAAUCUAUAUUGUCUGACGUGGGGUUAUGAAAUUGUUCCACGAAAUACUGAGAAAAAUAUCUUAAAUAUUGGGUUCUAUGACACAAACGCAAGUGUGAAAUGUUACUUAGCAUUCAACAAAGCGCAGCUUUAGCAUUUUGUUAGUGUUAAUAAAAUGUCACUAAUUUGGCGCCUGCCUAAAAAGGGUUUACAUCAUACGAAGAAGUUGCAUCUUAUUUGGAAUUUUUUUAUCUGCAGUAUUUGUUGGUUAGAUUAAAUCAGAUGUGAAAAGUUCUUACCAAUUGAUGCUUUCAGUUUUUCCACUUGAUUCUCUGUAGAUUAUCUAAUUAGGUUUUUCAAAAAUUUUUGUUUAAUGAUUUAUGUCUGUUAUUUUUCUUAAUCAGUACUGUGCUGACUUAGUUUAGGGAACAUAAAGAGGAAAUCAUAUUUAAAUAGUUUUCUCCUGAAACAACACUUAGCUUUAGGAAUUUGUAUAUACGACUGUCUUUUUGUCUUUAGAUGUUAACUGGUAUGUUGAGAUGUAAUCAGUGUUGCCUAUUUAGCCUAAAUGUAUAGUAAAUUAUUAAAGGUAUAGAGCGCUAAAAUAAUAUUCGCCAUAUUUUCUGUGUUACUUAAGUUGUUUCUGCCCUUUUGUCAAAAUAUUUGUACAUACGACUUAUUAGGUACCUACCUGUAUAUCUGUAGCUUUUCGUAUACGAUUUCAGCAAAAAAUUAUGGGAAACCAGAGACAUAAAGUUGCAAUAUGUAGCAUAGUUGCUCUAUUAUAAUUUCUUCGAUUUUUCUCCGAAAUACAGAUUGGCUGAAUUUGGAUUUUUAUAUAUCGUUUACACGUAAUGUCUAUGCAAAAUCAAUUGAGCCUAAAUCAAUGCAGGCAGUCGGCCCAGUGCAAAGACGUGGUCAAAUUAAUUGGCUUAUGGCAUAUACCUACUCGAUCAUUUUUGUUAUUAGCUUGUUAUUGUUUCCUAAUAUGGUGACCCAUAAUAUUUUCAUAUCGUUCGAUAAUUGGUAUAGUUAUUGUACCGCUUGGUGUUUUGCCAAUAAAAUUGCUGUAAUAUAUCUGAGAAAACUUCUCUAGAAACCCGAAUUUUAUUGUAACUAUAAACUUACUAACCUAUCCAUAUUAUAAGAAUUCUUCGGCGAAGAAAUUUUUGGGAAAGUUGGCAACGUUUUCUGAGAAGCAACGUAAAAAAUAACAUAUUUUUAUACCAAUACGCUGUUAUGGCAUUGGUCUAGACCUAUGUUGUCACAUAUUUCGUAAUUUUAAGAUGCUCACUUCCCCAAUUUCAAAUUAGAUAAACCAAAAUGUAAAUAUUUAUAUUAAGCAUUUUAAACAGUGACGUGUAUGAAAAUUUUUAAACUAUGUUUAUUAUUGUUUUAAAAUUACAAUUGAGUACUAUGAAGUGGCAAUGAUCUCUUUUGGUUGAUAUGAGUCUUUAUGAGUAGUUAUGUUUAGAUAUAUAAUAGAUAAUUUUUAUGUUGCUAUAGGUUAUAUAAGUUCCAUUAGGCGGAAUCGGCUGUUUAAAAAAAUGAAUUAAAAACUAUAGCUGAGUUAAGCCUUUAAUUCACUCAUGUGUAUUAGUAGAUAUUUUGGAGAAGUUUCAACAAAAAUCAUUUAAGAAUUGUCAUACUUGGAGUUCAAUCGACAUUAUGAAAUAAUUAACAACAAAUAAAAAUAUUUUUACAUCUGCUUCUUUCUAUGUUAAUUUGGGUCACCAAAAAAAUUCUCAAGUCAAUAUUUGUUUUUGUAAUAGCUGUUUGAUUGUGCAAAAUAUCCCUUCACGCAUUUACUAAGUAACCUAUAGCAUCAUAGUAUACGCUGUUGCAAACAUCCCACUUUUUUGUUGGUACCAAAAUUUACCUAACAAAUUAUUCCCAUGUGUUUUCAACAUUCAGUUGUGUUCAUAAAGCAAAUUGUUGUGUUUAUGUAUGUAUCGUAUACACGAAAUUGAUGAUACA